AUCUGAUGAGCUAUCAACAAAAACGAAUCGGUCGGUCUAUCAUCAAAAUAUUGAUAACCACAUAUAGUGGUUUAUGUAAGGUCUCCUUUCUCUCAAGGCAAUGUUAGUCUGUUACUCCAAUAUUUCCAUCAUAUGAAUCUGGUAGUAUUUGAAAAGCCUCUAUACAUUGCUGUGGUGCCACUAAUGGACUCUUUUCAGGAUAAAGAUGUUAAAUUAUUAAGCCAUUUCGCCGCCACAGCCUUAAUAUGGUCAUUUGUCUUAGUGCAGGGGUCCUGUAGGACCUUAAGGACCUUUGUGUAAGCUUAACUGUAUAAUGGGCCUCCC